AUGUGGUGUAUGUGGAAACGGGUUAAGGCAGAAUCACCAAUUAUUGAGACACAUAAGAACACACACUAGGAGCACUGAUGAUCAACCCUAUAAAUGUGAAGUAUGUUGAAAGGGGUUUGGUCUGAGAGAACACUUACGGAGACAUAUGCAUAUACAUACAGGAGAAAGACCUUAUAAAUGUGAUAUAUGUGGUAAAGACUUUAUACAAAAUGCUGAAUUAAAGGCACACAUGAGAACUCAUACUGGUGAAAAACCUCAUAAAUGUGAUAUAUGUGGAAAAGGAUUUGGUCAGAGAAAACACUUGCAGACACACAUGGGAAUACACACAGGUGAUAAACAUCAUAAAUGUGAUGUAUGUGGUAAAGAUUAUCUUCACAGUCAUAACUUAAAAGCACACGUGAAAACACAUACUGGUGAAAAACCUCACAAAUGUGAUGUUUGUGGUAAAUCAUUUCUUCAUAGUCAUACCUUAGAAACACAUAUAAAAACUCAUACGGGUGAAAAAUCUUACAAAUGUGAUGUAUGCUGUAAAGUAUUUAGUCUAAAAGGUAACUUACAGAAACAUAUGAGAACACAUACUGGUGAAAAACCUUACAAAUGUGAUGUAUGUGGUAAAGCAUUUAGUCAAAAUGGUAUCUUACAGAGACAUAGGAGAACACAUACUGGUGAAAAACUUCAUAAAUGUAAAGUAUGACGUGACAAAAAUUUCAGUUUGUGGCAGAAUUUCCAGUCUUAUACCAUUUCCUGUUUACAAAAUUAAAUCAUGUACAAACUACAAUACAUCUCUGGUCGAUUUGUCUUGUCCACCAGCCCAAGAUGUUAGCCAUGUAACUUCUACCAAUUCUUUAUAUAGCCCCACCCCUCAUCAUGGUUCAUUGACUUUGAAACUUUUACAUAGUUUACAAGUCAAUGUUUGUGUUUAGGUUUGUUUAAAGGGAACGACUUAUGAUAAGUCUAUGGUAUUUGGUAUGCAGUUGUAUUAGCAUUGGCACAUCUCAGUUCCAUGGAGAUUGUUUUGCCAUGUACC